AUUCGAGAGAAUGAACUGUUGCCUAUCCUAGUGGGAGAGUAGAGGUUGGUGUCUAUUCUAAUGUAGUUGUAAUUGCAAAAAUGGCUGCUGAAAGAUUUUGAUGAAAGUGUUUUCAAAUGACAAGUGGUGUUUAUUUAUAGUCAAUAUUUUAAAUGAGUUUACACAAAUGAAUUGGUCGAAUGUGUGAAAACAAUACUACGGCCAUGCCUGAUGUGGACGGAGAACAGAGGCUUCGCCGAUUGGAAGCUCUGUUCCUUGGCGGUCCUGUGGUUGCCAAGGGACAGAGUUUUAGUAUUGAAACUUUGUUAGAUAUCCUUGUUGUAUUAUAUGAUGAAUGUUGCAAUUCAAGCUUACGUAAGGAGAAGACCGUUUCAAAUUUCAUUGAAUUUGUUAAACCCAUAGCCAGUUCGGUGAAGAGUUUGAGACUUUCUAGAGAUGACUUCGAGAUAAUAAAAGUUAUAGGUAGGGGGGCAUUCGGUGAAGUAUGUGUAGUGAAAUUCAAAGGGUCUGAGAAAGUUUUUGCUAUGAAAAUACUCAAUAAGUGGGAAAUGUUGAAGAGGGCUGAAACUGCUUGUUUCAAAGAAGAAAGGGAUGUUCUAGUCUAUGGUGAUAGAAGGUGGAUAACACAUCUUCAUUAUGCGUUUCAGGAUGAAACAAAUCUGUAUUUAGUGAUGGAUUAUUAUUGUGGUGGUGACUUGCUGACACUGUUGAGUAAAUUCGAAGAUCGUUUACCAGAAGAUAUGGCAAAGUUUUACAUUACAGAAAUGGUUUUGGCUAUCGAUUCAAUACACAAUUUGAAAUAUGUACAUAGGGAUAUAAAACCAGACAAUGUUUUACUUGAUGCGAAUGGUCACAUUAGAUUAGCAGACUUUGGCAGUUGCUUGAAAUUAAACGAAGAUGGAACGGUACAGUCUAAUGUUGCUGUUGGAACCCCAGAUUAUAUCUCCCCAGAAAUUUUACGUGCAAUGGAAGAUGGACAAGGAAGAUACGGUCCUGAAUGUGAUUGGUGGUCUUUGGGUGUUUGUAUGUAUGAGAUGUUGUUUGGUGAAACACCUUUCUAUGCUGAGAGUUUGGUAGAAACCUAUGGAAAAAUUAUGAAUCACAAGAAUUGCUUUGAUUUUCCAACUGAUAUAGAAGUUAGUGAUGAGGCAAAAGACCUAAUAAAAAAAUUGAUCUGUAGCCAAGAAUUUAGACUGGGACAAAAUGGAAUUCAGGAUUUUAUAAGUCAUCCUUGGUUUUUCGGUGUUGAUUGGAAUGGUUUGAGAGAUAGUAAUGCCCCCUAUAUACCGGAAGUGUCAAGUCCGACGGAUACUUCAAAUUUUGACGUUGAUGACACAGAUGUCAGGUUAUCUGACGCAAUGCCACCUACAGCUAACAAUGCUUUCACUGGACUCCAUCUACCUUUCAUCGGAUUUACGUUCUCCCAAGAAUGCUGUAUAUCCGAUCUUGGUAGUCUGGCCGAUGCGACAAUAAGCAAAAUCGACAAACAAAACAAACUCAAUCAUGAUAUAAUAUUGAACAAUCAAAGUAAAGAAAUAGAAAAAAAGAUGUCUCCCGACGGUACAAGGAAAUUGCAGGAUGAAAUAAAUAUGUUAACUAAGAGAAACGGCGAAUUGGAAUCUCAGUUGAAAAAUUUUGAAAGUAUCAACUCUAAUCAGAUGCUUUUGGAUACUAUUGAUAGUUCUGAAAGUGCCAAAUUGAAGGAAAUGGAAAAAAUUCUUAGGUCUAUGAAACAGGAGAAAGAAGAAGCCCAGAAAGAAAAAUCUGAUUUGAUGGAAAAACUUAAAUUUCAAGAUAAGGAGCUGAAGGAUAGCUUAUCCCAGAAAAAAGUCGCAUUAGCUGAAUAUGCUGAAGUAUCUGAUAAACUUUCAGAGCUUCGUCAACAAAAACAGAAAUUAUCAAGACAAGUAAGAGAUAAAGAAGAAGAACUGGAAACGGCAAUGCAAAAGGUAGAUUCCCUAAGAAACGAUAUUAGAAGGGCUGAAAAGCUACGUCGUGAACUUGAAUCAAGAGUGGAAGAAGCCCUAGGCGAAGCCACAAAAGAAAGAAAACUCAGAGAAAGAUCAGAAGAAUAUUGUAGACAGAUGCAAGCAGAAUCAGACAGAUUGAGGGUGAAAAACGAACUGGGUCCCAGGGAUCAAGAUAAUUUGAGGUUCAAAGCUGAACUGGAGAAAUUGGAGCUUCAAUAUAAUGAAAGGCUCAAUCAGCAGCAAACACGAUACAACUUAGAAGUAACAUCACUGAGGGAACAAUUGCAAGAGGCUGAAAACCAAAGAGAUUUAAUUGAAAGAGAGCUCACCGAAUCGAUGAAUCGACUACAAUCCGAACGAGCGAAUUUAGAGGUAGAAUAUGAACAGUUACGAAACAAACAGGAAUCUUUAGGUCAGUGGGAAUCUCAGUUGACCGAAAUCAUUCAAUGGGUUAGCGAUGAAAAGGAUGCUAGAGCUUAUCUCCAGGCAUUGGCUACCAAAAUGACUGAAGAGUUAGAUUACCUUAAACAUGCUGGUGUAUCGAAUGCAGUUGCUGGUGGAGAUAAGAAUUGGAGGAAUCGGAGAUCACAGAAGUUGGACAAAAUGGAAUUACUCAACUUGCAGAGUUCGUUACAAUCUGAAAUUCAGGCUAAACAGGCAAUCAGUGAAGAUCUCAGCAAAACAAGAGAAGCAUUACAUGCGGCCCAAAAGGAACUGAGAGAAUACAGACAACGAAAUGAUUCAUUAGCUUUGGAUGUGAAAAGGCGAGAAAAACAAGUAAAAGAUCUUCAAAGUAGAUUAGACUCAGAAGGAUCUAGUGUGGGAAUUUCGUCAGUGAGCACUCAUCAAACAAAGGUAUCUGAAAGGCCGGCUUCCCAAAUGUCCUAUCUGGAUCAAUUCUUGAAGGAGAACAGUUCAUCACAAUUGCAGAACCAACAAAAUUAUGACAAUGUACCGCCUGUUCCUUCGCUUCUUUAUCAAGGAGGCUCGAUAGAAUCGGAGGAGGGAGACAUAGAGGAUAACAGAGCGUUGAGUUUGACAAGUUCUAAAAGCAAUCUCUCCGAAGCCAGUAUGCAUGAAAAUCAGUCUCCCAUGAAACACAAGGCCCAUCAGUUUUUGGUUAGAACGUUCUCCAGUCCAACAAAAUGUAGCCAUUGCACUUCUUUGAUGGUUGGUUUAAUGAGGCAAGGGAUGGUGUGCGAAAUAUGUGGUUUCACUUGUCACACUUCUUGCUGUGCUCACGUGCCAGCUGUGUGUCCUGUUCCUUCAGAUCAAACCAAAAGACCACUAGGGAUCGAUCCCACAAGGGGUAUAGGAACAGCAUACGAGGGCUAUGUAAAAGUACCUAAACAGGGUGGAGUAAAAAAAGGUUGGGUACGUCAAUUCGUCGUUGUUUGUGAUUUCAAGUUAUUUCUUUACGACAUAUCAGCAGAUCGUAAUGCCUUACCAAGUGUUCAUGUUGCUCAAGUAUUAAAUAUGAGAGACCCCCAAUUUAGUGUUAGUGGUGUGAAAGAUUCGGACGUAAUCCAUGCUAAUAAAAAAGACAUACCAUGUAUAUUUAAGGUGACUACCUCUCUUAUGGAGCCCCCAGGACCAAGGAAUGCUACAUUGAUGUUGGCCGAUUCAGAAGCGGAAAAGAGCAAAUGGGUUGUUGCCCUUUCUGAACUACACCGCAUCAUGAAACGAAAUAGCCUUCCUAACACAACUGUAUUUUUAGCCAGGGAACUUGUUGACAAUACUCAAACGAUCCUUAGAAAUGUGCUAAGUGCAAGCAUUAUAGACCCAGAUCGUUUAGUUUUAGGAACCGAGGAUGGGAUGUUUUGUCUCGAUUUAGACAGGACGGAGAUUGCUCGAGUGGGCGAGGCGAAAAAGAUAUUCCAACUGGAAUAUAUCAGUGAGGAACAUUUGUUGGUUGUAGUUAGUGGUAAACAACGAUAUGUUCGCUUGGUGCCUAUACGAGCUCUUGAUGGUGACGAAACAGAGUGGAUUAAAGUGGCAGAAAGUAAAGGCUGUGCAGUUUUAACUGUUGGACCCAUCUUAAGAGCACCAUUAACGUUUUGUUUAUGCGUAGCUGUAAAGAAACAACAAAAUUCUUCCUCAAUUUUAAUUUACGAAAUUACAAGGACCCGACUGAGACAUCAAAGACUGAGAGAAGUAGUUCUACCCGUGUCCAUCCAGUCCUUACAACUGUUAUCCGACUGUCGAUUGUGUGUUGGAUCUCCAUCUUGUUUCACUGUUUAUAACUUGCAAGGAGAACCGCAACUAGUGUCUCUGUUACAUCAAGACAACCCGUUGUAUAGUACUUUAUUCUGCAGUCCUGUUGAGGCUUUGAGAGUCAUUGAGCUUCCUCGGCAUGAAUAUCUUCUUGUUUUUGGAACGCUGGCCGCCUACGUGGAUAGGCAUGGUAGGAAGUCCAGAGAAAGGGAAAUUAUGUAUCCUGCCGUUCCAACAGCUAUAAGUUACAGGGAUGGUCAUCUACUAGUUUAUAGCGAAACCCAUAUCGAUGUGUUCAACUGCGCCACUGGCGAUUGGGUCCAGACAGUCAAUAUUAAGAGAGCUAAGCCUUUGAAUGACAGCGGUAGUUUAUCCUUGUGUAUAUUGAACGAUUCGCCUCAUCUUUUAUAUCUCUCCAACAUACAUCAGAAGGAACUUAUUAACUUAGAUAAUAUUGUUACCCUUGAUAGAGAGGGCAGAACUGUUCAAAGACCAAGGAGGAGAUUCUCAUUAAGAGAAGGCAAUAAAUCUCAAAGGAUGAGUACAGAUCGCAGAUCCAAGAUGAUAUCGGCUCCUACCAAUUUCAAUCACAUCAGUCACAUGGGACCAGGAGAAGGAAUCCAACGUCAGAGAUUAAUAGAUCUCACUACUAAUCUUGUAGACAAUUCCGAACCACUCCAACACGUGAAUAUUUCUGUCUCACAGCCAAAACAACCGAUCAAGAUGGCUCCGUUACCUCCGAAACACUCUGCCGAAAGAAAGCGGCCGGAAAUCUCUUAUCCGACGCCGAUAAGACCUUCGUUUCCAGCAUAUAAUGGCGCAAAAAGAUCUGCACCACCAAGACCGCGAGAUUUACCGCCAGCCCUACCAAGGCCUUUCGAUACUUCUCCCUCACCGGACCCCACCAGCAUAGGAAGCAUGUCUUCGUUACACGAAAUCAUCAAAGGUGCGGAAAAAAGCAGUCCGAGGCAUUCAAUAGCAAGCAAUAACAGUUCUAAUUUAUCAACCCCUCCUUCCCCUCAACCAGAUCAUCACAAUAGUUCAAGUUAUGAUAGUUGAAUCAAAUUUAUCCAAGUUUGCCAAACUUGUUAAUUUCCAUUGGAAGAUUUUGAAGUGCAUUCAAUAAAAAUAAACUUCAUCCAAAAUAUUAAGUAGACUAAUAUGUAAAGUGUUUAAUGUUUUGAUGAAAACAAUCCUUCCAGAUCUUUCUGCAUAACAAGUUUUGGAUAAUAAUUAUUAAUCCUCUUUGAAUAUAAACGAAUUAAACACUUUACGUAUGUAGACUGAUUAGUUACCUCAGUUAUAAGCUUUCACCAUAAACUAUAAUUAUAUUGAAGUUUAUAAUAUAUUCUCUAAAAUCACUCAAUUUGUUACUUUGUUAUGUUGAAUUUCAAUGGCUUCGAAGAUUCUACAACCAUUCUUUCUCGAGUUCAUUGCACAAAAUUGUGAAGCAUAUAAUUCUGUACUAGUCAUAACAUCAUUAAUCAUCUUGAAUUGGAUAUUUUUGUUUAAGAUAAAAUUGUAUCUUUCCACGUAAUUAUUAUUAAUUAUAAAAGUGCAAAUUUCAAAUUGAGUGAAUAGUUUAGGCAUUGUACUUAUUUUUUUUGUAAAUUUUGUGAAUGUUUUUAUUUGUUUAUAUUGUUUAUUUUAUUAGUUCUAUAUAUUUCAAAGAGUGUCAAUUAAUAAUAAUAAUAAACUGAGUUUUAAUUUCGA